AUGUGCAGAUUUAAAAUUGUUCAAUCAGCAACUUCUUAUUUACGAACACAAAUUUGCCAGCGCGUGAUUUGGAAAAAGCGCGAACUCAAAGAAAUGUCUAUGGAUGGAACUGCUGAUGGUCCCUUAGAAGCAGAUUCAAGUUGGAUAUCAUCAAAGACAUCAUUUAUGACAAUUUCUGAUCCCAGUGAUUCGUCUACACCAACUGCAAAUUCUUCAUUAGAUGAAACAUUUGCUUCGAAUAAGUUUUCACCCAACUCUUUCGCAAAUUCAUCCCCAAAAUCUGACGGAGUAGAAGACAAUGACUAUGAUAAUGGUGAUAAAGACGACGAAGAAAAAGAACAAGUAAAACACAGAAAGAAAACAGGAGUAACUUUAGUUUAUGCUCCGGAAAAAUCAGCUAAUAUUUUCAAAUCCUCACAAAAUUCUAUUGUUACACCUCAACCAAAUCAAAAAGUGAUCAUAAUCCGAUCAAACCAGGGUAACGAUAAUAAUGACAGUGAAAAUAAUUCAUUAACUAAAGAAAAUGGUAUUGGGUCAACAACCGCUUCUUCAAUAGAUAAAAUUCUGUAUUCCAGUGAAGAAAACCUUUCUAAAUUAAAUGGUGAACAUGAUUUGAAACAGUUGAAUAAUUCCAACAGUUUCUUUUACAACAACUCUUUUGAUGAAUUUUCAUCGAAUAAUGGAAUAUCAGAUUAUAAAGAUCUAUCUGAUGAUAAUAAUAAUAAUAAUCUAUCAGAUAAUGAUAGUAAGUAUGAUAAUUCCGGUAGUAUCUUAUCAACACCAACAGUACUCACUUCAUUGGAUAAUCAUAAUGAUUCAUCGGUUUUAUCUAUGGGAUCAAAGAGUUUAUCUAAAGAAAUUCUAAAUGAUGACGAUACUACUACUACUACUAAUAAUAAUAAUCAAUCUUAUGCUAACAAUACAAUUAGUGUUGAUGAAAACAAUGAUAUUACUGGUAUUGUUAUACAGAAUCAUGAAGAAAUUACGAAAAAUACUUCAUCUAUUGAUCAAAAUGAAAAAUAUAUAUCAGCAUUAAAACCAGUUUUAUCUUCACCAUCUAAUCAUUCAAUUAAUUCAGAUCAAGAAUCCAAACUAUUAACUGAUAAUUCUUUUAUAAAGUCGAAUUUAAAUAAUAUAGCACAAAUGAAUUCUGAAUUGGAUGAUGAGGUUACUAAAACAGUUCUAAAUAUUAGCGAUCAAUAUAAGAAGACAGUAAAUAAGUUUGUUGAACAAUCAAUGCCGACUUAUUUGGAUCGUUGUUCACCAGCACAAAUUGUAGCUGUAACCGGUGGGGCACCGCCAGAUAUAAUACGUAAUAUUGAAGAAGAUUUGGACGAAGAUAAUGAUAAUGUUAUUGAAGUACUUAAUACAGAUGUAGAACAUGAAGCCAAUCCCUCUUCUUCUUCAUCUACAAACCCUGGUAAUAUUGUCCGGCAACGUGGUCAUACUUCAGAGUCAUUAAAAUCCCCAAAGCCGGUAACUAUCAAUAUUGACUUACGAGUUGUUUCAAAACUAACUCCAAGUACUCCAGAAGAAGUAGAUGCUUCAUCAGAACUAGUUUUUAGCAAUUUUAUGAUAGAUCGUUAUAGAUUAGAAGUUUCUGCAUCAGCUCAAGCAUCUUCGUCUCAGUCUACUGCUUCUGCUUCAGCUUCAAUUAAUGUAACAGAUAUAGGUCAACAAGCUGAGUCUGAAGAUCCUGUAAGCCACCAACUUUCAUCUUUACCUCGUGCUGAACCACACAGUGUCGAAGCAAUAGUUGCUCGUAAUCUAGCCGAAAUCGGUGAUGAAAUCAAUCGUAUCUAUGGACCGAGAUUAGACAGAAUGAUUAAAUUACUACCAGUGGAGGAAUGUCCAUUAGAAAUGUUUUAUAAUGUUGCCCGUGUGCUAUUUGCUCGUGGUCCAACUAACUGGGGUCAAGUAAUCACUUUAUUCUAUUUUGGUUAUCGGUUAGUAGUGCAACGAGUUAAAAAAGGUGUUACCAACGCAUUUUAUCAAGUAUGUCGAUGUCUAGUCAGUUUUUGUCGACAAAUCAAUAUUUUCGUGUGGAUAGCUCAACAAGGAGGAUGGCGAAUUCUUCAAUUUCUACAAUCUCAUAGAACAUAUGAUGAUGAAAAUAUAAACACAAAGAAUCAUUCAACAUCAUCCAAUAUAACUUCACAUAUUGAUGAAAAUAACCAACAAAAUACAUCGUUAAAUGAUCAUAAUAUUAAUAAUUCAUCAUUUAAUUAUUCUAAUCAUGAUUCCAGUUUAUUUAUUCCAUUCAUUUUGACUAGUACGAGUGUUGUUGUGAUAGCUGUUGCUAUUUGGUUUUACUUACGUCGUUUAAAAUAA